AUGGCCACAGUGAACGGCUCACCCUAUCUGCGUCUCCGGAGACUAAACACCAGCAACAGUAACAGCAACAUAAACAGCAACAAAGACGGAAACGGCGUUUUGGACGUCGGAGAUCGCGGGCUUCCUUCUGUUCAUGACGGCGCGGCAGACGAAAACGAUGUAGAGGGAGAAACCAACCUCGGACACAAUGUGCCCCGGACUCACCAGAAGCGGCACCACAAGUCCUCGUUCAGGUGGUGGGCCGACGAGUACAGAUGUGCCGCCCUCUGCAUCGGCGGAAUCGUCACCCUUGCUUUGGUGCUGUGGCAUUUCGACGGCAAACUUGCUCCUCACUUCGAGCCCGGCAUCGAGCUCGACAUGAUUGUCAUCGCCAUCAUGACGCUGGUUCGCGUUACUCUUGGAAGCAUCGUCGAGUCCUGCAUCUGCCAGGGAGCCUGGAUCUGGGUUUCCAAAUCGCAUCAGGCUCGGACGCACAACCGAGCACGGCUCGAGGACUUCAAGUUGUUUGACGAGGCAUCGCGAGGAUUCCUGGGCAGUCUGGCCUUGCUCUGGCGCCUCAAGGGACUACAUUUGUCCUGUCUCGGGGCCCUGAUCAUUGUAGUAACGCAUGGCUUCGAGACGUUUUCCCAGCAAAUGUUCGUCUACGUCCAGAAUCCGACCAACGGCAUCCUGGCCGCCCAAGUUCGCGAUCUCGAACCUCGAUGCUACACGGCCAAUUGCACCUGGCCCGUCUUCCCGACCCUUGCAGUCUGCGGUCGGUGCGCUCCCGCCCAGGUCAAGGUUCAUUGCACAGAAGAGACGCGGUCCUGCUCUUUCGGCAUCUCAGCCAACACGAAUGCCACGCUCUUGGAGGGCGCCGAGGUGGACCUGUUCCAGGUAAAUCCUGUGAAUGGAAGUCUGAGCAACGCCACCGACCAGAAGAAAGCCUUUGUCUCCAUGUUCGAGAUCAUGACGAUAUCACAGCGGGCAGCAGCAACACGCACGACCGGAGCCGAGUGCGCGCUAUGGUUCUGUCUCAAGGCAUACAAUGUGUCGGUGGCUGAUGGCAGGGCGCGGCAGAUGGUCGUGGCCACAUGGGACGAGAGCCGCUUUGAAGCAGCAACAAGCGCCCACUCCGACGAGCAUGUGUUUGUGAGCAUUCCCGAAGGCAUGAAUACGCAGCAAAUGUCUCGAUUCAGCGUCUCGGACCGUUCUCUAAAAGCUUUGCGAAGCUUCAUCGAUUCUCUGACCAACGGCAAGUUCGAGCAUGCCUCGGACGUUAUCAAUUUCUCCUCCGACUGGGUCGAGGCCAUGUGGCAAGCAACGGUUGACCUGGGCACUUGGAUUGACAAGUUCAGCCUGAGUUUGACCAACGAGAUACGCGAGCAUGGGACGAUUCGCGAUCCAUACAGGACGAAUUAUGAGGGCAAUGCCUCCAAAAUGGCCAAUUACGUCCACGUGCAAUGGUAUUGGAUGAUGUACCCGGCGCUGUUCCUCGUCAUCAGCCUAUUCUAUCUUGUCAGCACCAUCAAGGCCGGGGCUCGAGACGACGUGUCGGCUUGGAAGGGAGACUCCUUGCCCAUGCUUUUCAGUCGUAUCGACCUUCGAAUCCUCGCCUUGGGCUCAGAGAAGAUGGACGUGCCCAAGGGCUUGGAUGAUUUAGGCAAGUCGAGGGUGGCUCUAACCAAGGACAAGGACGGCUAUUGGACCUUUGAGCCGCACGGCUCGAAGGAAGAGCAGGACGAGGAUGAAGAGGAUGCAGUUAUUAGGAUGCUGAAUUAUCUCUAG